AUGAAAAUCCAUCUCGAAUGGCACGACGUGGUUAAAGGCAAUCGAGUUCCAGGACGUCGAUUCAAUGGCGAUAAUCGUCAAGAAAUCGCGGAAAUCCGGCGGAAGACACAGGAGUACGAAUCGAGGCGGCGGGAGAGAGCAGACAACCGGCUAAAAGGUCAUAUGGACGAACAUCAAAGACAACUUUACGAAGCCGAAACACUCUUCGAUUUACAGACUAAGCAGUUGUCCAAAAUGGCUGUUGUUCAGAACAAAGAAAUUGAUCUAGAUCCAGAAGAGAAAGCUGCCCAACGGAAAGAAUGGGACGAGCUCAUACAGCCGUCAGAAGCGAUACUGGAGGAAAUACGUCAAGAAAUCUUUUCAAAUACAGGUUCUAGAUAG